GGUCACCUGAGUCCGGAUCGCGCCGGCUGCGCGGGGCCGCUGGCUGCACACCCUGGGAGGCUGGGUCGGGGGAGCGAGCAGAGUCUGCGCCCGGCGCCCGGGACGAGGAAGAGUCGGACCUUCUCUACAGCCGCCUUCUGCGCCCGGCCGGGCUAUUAGCAAAAGAUGGUGGAUCGCUUGGCAAACAGUGAAGCAAAUACUAGACGUAUAAAUAUAGUAGAAAACUGUUUUGGAGCAGCUGGCCAACCCUUAACUAUACCUGGACGGGUUCUUAUUGGAGAAGGAGUAUUGACUAAGUUGUGCAGAAAAAAGCCUAAAGCAAGGCAGUUUUUCUUAUUUAAUGAUAUUCUUGUAUAUGGCAAUAUUGUCAUCCAGAAGAAAAAAUAUAACAAACAACAUAUUAUUCCCCUGGAAAAUGUCACAAUUGAUUCUAUCAAAGAUGAGGGAGACUUGAGGAAUGGAUGGCUGAUCAAGACACCAACUAAAUCGUUUGCAGUUUAUGCUGCCACUGCCACUGAGAAAUCGGAAUGGAUGAAUCACAUAAAUAAAUGUGUUACUGAUUUACUCUCCAAAAGUGGGAAGACACCCAGUAAUGAACAUGCUGCUGUCUGGGUUCCUGACUCUGAGGCAACUGUAUGUAUGCGUUGUCAGAAAGCAAAAUUCACACCUGUUAAUCGUCGUCACCACUGCCGCAAAUGUGGUUUUGUUGUCUGUGGGCCCUGCUCUGAAAAGAGAUUCCUUCUUCCCAGCCAGUCCUCUAAGCCUGUGAGGAUUUGUGACUUCUGCUAUGACCUGCUUUCUACUGGGGACAUGGCCACGUGCCAGCCUACUAGAUCGGACUCUUAUAGUCAGUCAUUGAAGUCUUCUUUAAAUGAUGUAUCUGACGAUGAUGACGAUGAUGAUAGCAGUGACUAAAGGCAUAUUUUGAAAUAUUUAAUCGGAUGUGACUAUCUGAGAAAUCAGCUCUGGGGGGAAUGUAAAAUCCUGAGCUUUCUGUCAGUUUUGCUCUAGCCAUGAAUUUGCCUGAGAAACUUAUAACCUAUGUGCCUCAAUAUAUUCUAUAGAAAAUAGGUCCUGUUACCAUGCCCCAACCCCAACUGCUGCUGCCACUCUCCUCACCUCCCCCAGCUCCCUAUUCUACAGGGAUAGACUGUUGCGAAUAUAUCAGAUAAAGUUUUGGUUUCUUAUUCUUGUUUUAAUUCUAGACUAUUUUCUUGAAUGGUUGGGAAAAGAUGUUUAUUUAACAUAUGUACUACACUGUGUUUAUUAUAUGUUCUGUUAUAUGGAAAAACUAAAAGCAAAGAAUGAUGGAAAAAGGAGUAUGAUGUGGUCAGUUAAUAAUGUUAUUCGCUUUUUUCUAACCAUCCCAUCUAAAGGUUAAGACACCAGUAACAGAAAUACAUGCUUUGGAAAUACUUUGUUUGGCUUUUUCGUAUACCAGGUGGUGCCUUAUCAUAAUAGCACUGUUGCAUGUAAUAAGCCCCUACCUUCUCACUUUUUAGUUUGUUUUAAAAAUACACUGGUGCUCUUUGAGGUGUAAAAUGAAUGUUAUAAAUGGGUGUAAUUAGAAAAUACUUCUCAUUUGACAGCUACAAAUAACUAAAUUUAGAGGUUCUUUAUUCUAUAUGAAUAAAUAUUUUUCCAUAAAAUAGUUGUGAUUACUGUAUAUUUUUACUUUUUGU